AUCAUUUUCCUCCCUCUGCAUCACCCUGAGAAGAGCACCGCUGCUGCAGGGAAUCCCGUGUUUUUUUUCCACGCAGUGCUUUGCGAGCGAUUCCUGCUCCGCGUUUCGAUCCUAUACUCUGACGGUCCUUGGCAUUCUUCAAGCCCCAGUGCUGCACCGGCAAGCUCUCUUGGCCUUGGCACUCCUACCACAAGCAGUCAUUCAACUCUGGGCAGAGUCUUGGGAAAAAAAGUGGGUCGCUAGGGCUUGUGCUCUCGCCAUCGAGUCGAGCCCACAAAACAACACCACGUGACUGCGGACUCGGAGAAAUACAAACACCGGCUUGCGCACCGCCAAGAACUGCGCCAAGCAAUUAACCUGCAAUAGCCAUGUCGGCAGCAUCACCCACUCAGGCCCAAGCGCCGACGCAGGAGAGCAACAAUGCAGCUCCGGCGCCGGCAGCUCCCGCUGCUGCUGCAACCUCGACUUCGCCGAAUCCCGCCUCCAACAACACCACCCCGGCACCCUCGACCGGAGCGACGGCGAGCUCGUCGUCCGCCUCUGGCCAGGAUGACAGCCUGGUGUGCCGCUGGGACCAGUGCAAGGAGCCCUUCACCUCGGCCGAAGCUCUCUAUGAACACAUCUGCGAGAAGCAUGUCGGCCGCAAGAGCACCAACAACCUGAACUUGACCUGCCAGUGGAACCAGUGCCGCACCACCACCGUCAAGCGCGACCACAUCACUUCGCACAUCCGCGUCCAUGUCCCGCUCAAGCCCCACAAGUGCGACUUCUGCGGCAAGUCGUUCAAGCGCCCGCAGGAUCUCAAGAAGCAUGUCAAGACGCAUGCCGACGACUCGGUUCUCGUCGGUGGCCGCGCCCCUCAGGAGCCGCCUGCUGGCAUGCAUCCCACCUACCGCCCUCCCGGCGCAGCCAAGGGUCCUUCCAGCUUCUAUGAUCACAAUGGCCACAUGCGCGGUACUAACCAGGGCCCUUUUGGCCAUCCGCACCAGAACGGUCAGCCUAGCUACUACGGCCACCAGCAGGGCCCUCAGCCCACCUACCACCCGCCCGUCUACUACUCGCAGCCAAUGGGCGGCUCUCGUGCUGACUACAUUGGCCAUCAAGCCGCGGGCUUCAACGAGCCUCCGCGGAAGCGCGACUUGGAGAGCCUGAACGAGUUCUUUGGCAGUGUCAAGCGUGCCCAAAUCGACCCCCGUUCCUACUCGCAGAUUGGCCGCUCGCUGAUGCCGAUUCACUCGACCCUCGGCCUGCAUGCCGGUGGUGGUCUGGCCGCCGAGUACAUGCCCCAGGCCCCGCACACCCUCGGUGUGGGCGCCCCCUCGCAUGGCCCGCUCACGCAGCACUACUACUUGCCGCCCAUGCCCAAUCUGCGCACCAAGGAGGACCUCCAGCAGAUUGACCACUAUCUUGAGCAGAUGCAAGCCACCAUCUAUGAGAACUCGGGUGCCAGUUCCCAGUAUGCUCCCGUCGAUGUCCGCCACUCACCUACCUACCCGACCCGUCCGACCGUCGACACGUAUGCUGUGCCGGCCGCCCAGGUUGUGUCUCCGCUCAGUGCUCCCACGCACUCAGCUGGCGGCACCCCGGCUGUCACGCCGCCCUCGAGCACCAUGUCGUACACGUCUGGCCACUCGCCUAGCGCUUCCUCGGCCGGCAUGUCGCCGUCGUCGCGCCACAGUUCGACCUCGGUCUCGUACCCAAGCCUGCCCAGCCGCCCGAACCUGCCAUAUCCUUCCACUGCGGGCCUCGGCUCGAACUUUGCCCACAACGAGCGCCGUCUGUCGGGCGGCAUGCUGCAGAGCGCCAGCGGUACCCGCCGCGAUGGCGACCGGACCCCCACUCCCAACACCCCCAAGGCCCCCGAGGGUGCCGCCGUGAGCUCGCCGUCUGAAGAGUCCGAGGCCGCCGAGGGCGAGAGCUACGACGACUGGGUGCAGCACAUGCGCACCAUUGAGUUUCUGCGCGGCCAGAUUCGCCAACGCCUCGAGCGCCACGACUACGAGGAUGACUCGGACAACAGCCGCAUCGAUCCCAUGCUCCAUGGCGACCGUGGCCGCGGUGAUCGCGUCAACUAUCCAUCGCUGCCGCCGAUGCACUAGGCGGCGGUCUGGGCGUAGCCUCUGACUUGACCCAUCAGAUCACCAAAGGCAUUGUCUUCAAGAUGGGUUUCGAUGGGGCCGCCUUGACGGCUUCGUCUAGGCUCACAUUGCAUUGCGUUCCCGUUUGUUUCAGCAAAAUACUUCUGAUUUCCAGUCUGUCAUGUGGCGGGCGGGAUUGUUUUGACUGGCGCCUCUGUCCAGUUCAUGCGAGAAGAUGGAAUGAUUCCAGUCGGUCCAAGGCUCGAUGGAUGGCCAGGUGGCUGUGGCGCACUUGUUAUCACAUGGUUUCUUUAUGGAUGGCUUCAAGCCUGAUGAUUGUAUGAAUGUUGUUAUGUACAAUACCGGCUCUGGUGGUGUGUCGGUGGUCCUCACUCUACAAUACAAAGUUUUCAACCUCAUGUCUUCGUGCUCGUUGUUGGUAUUGUGUAGAGGUAGAAGCACAGCCAUAAUUUAUGGGGUAUUCUCCGU